UUUUUCGUUCUCUAAAUGGAAACCAAGCGACCGGCCGGGCCUUUCCCCCCCCCAGCACAGCCUGCCGCCGGAAACUGCGGGACACAGGGCGCCGUGACGUCAUCAGGCGGCGCCGGAACAGGGGCGGGCGCGGGUCGGUUCCUCAGGCCUAGCGCCGCCGCUUCAGCGCACAGGCAGCUGCGGAUGUGGGCUGAGGUGUUGCUUCUGCCCUGCAGGGCCGGGCUGCGGCUGCUCCCGCCGCUCCGGCUGCGGCACCGAGCGCCGGCCGCCAUGAAGCUGCAGUCCCCUCAGUUCCAGGCGCUUUUCACGCCGGGGCUCCGCAGCGUGGCAGAAUUGUUUGAGAAGAAGAACUAUGAGCUGAGAAUAGCAGGAGGUGCUGUGAGGGAUUUACUAAGUGGAAUGACACCACAAGAUAUAGAUUUUGCCACUACAGCUACACCAGCAGAGAUGAAGGAAAUGUUCACAUCUGCUGGUGUUCGUCUGAUCAAUAACAAAGGAGAAAAACAUGGAACCAUUACUGCCAGGCUCCAUGAACAGAAUUUUGAAAUUACAACUCUUAGAAUAGAUGUUGUCACCGAUGGGCGACAUGCAGAAGUGGAAUUCACCACUGACUGGGAAAAGGAUGCUGAAAGGAGGGAUCUAACUGUCAACUCCAUGUUUUUAGGUUUGGAUGGGAUGCUGUAUGACUUUUUUAAUGGAUACGAAGAUUUGAAAAACAAGAAAAUUAGAUUUGUAGGAAAGGCAAGUGAGAGAAUACAAGAAGAUUAUUUACGAAUCCUGAGAUAUUUCAGGUUUUAUGGAAGAAUCGCAGAGAAACCUGGUGAUCAUGAACCUACUACACUGCAAGCAAUUAAAGAAAACGCCAAAGGUUUGGCUGGAAUAUCAGGAGAAAGGAUUUGGGUGGAGCUGAAAAAAAUUCUUCUUGGAAACCAUGUAAACCAUUUGGUUCAACUUAUGUAUGAGCUGGAUAUUGCCCAAUACAUAGGACUACCACUUGAUGGAAAUUUAGAGGAAUUUGCCAGAGUUGCUAAAAAUACUCAAAAUCUGUGUCCAAAACCGAUGACUCUUCUGAUGUCAUUGUUCAAGGUGAAGGAUGAUAUUACAAACCUUGAUCUGAGGCUGAAAAUCUCAAAAGAAGAAAAAAACCUUGGGUUUUUCUUAGUGAAGCACCGGCAAGAGUUAACCAAAGCUAUGGGUCCGGAACCACUGAGACCAUAUCAGGACUUCAUAAUGGAUUCUAGGGAAGCUAAUACAAAUUCCAAGAUCUUUGAGCUUCUAAAAUACCAAGGAGAAGAACAUCUUUUAAGAGAAAUGCAGCAAUGGACUGUUCCUACUUUUCCUGUUAGUGGCCAUGAUUUAAGAAAAAUGGGUGUGUCUUCUGGAAAAGAAAUUGGAACAGCCUUACAGCAGUUAAGGAAUGAAUGGAAGAAGAGUGGAUACCACAUGGAUAAAGAAGAACUGUUAAGUUGCCUGAAGAAGCUGUAACAUUGCGUAACAGCCGAGAACUGUUCUAAACGUAACUGAGAUACUGGUAAAUAUUUCGUCACUGUACUCACAGGCAAUGCAACCUUUGUUGUAUUUAAGAUUCAGACAGCAUGGAUCUCCUGUUGCGAACUCGUAAUUUCUACAGGGAGCAGUUUUAUUUCAUAGUGAUGUGAAAUGUUCUUUGCCAAAUUCCACAUUUUCUACCUCUUUUUGUUGUAUUUUAAUGAUAAAUAUUGACUAUUUUAUCUUGAUUGUGGCGCAUUAGAGGUGGCACCAAGGUUUUUCUCAUUUGGACUUUGCAAAAUCUAAAAAAACCAAGAAACACCACCCCCACCCACUAAAACGUUUCUGUCCUCUAGAUAAUAUCAUGGCUGGGGGCGGGAUUGUGCUUAUGAUAGCGACAAAGUGUCUAGAAAUAAUGAGCUCUGACUCUUUUUUGUGGUUAAAGCUAGAUAGCAGAUUGAAGUACUCACUCCAGCAGUUUCUGGUCUGACCAUGUAAAACAAGUCUGUUUUCUAUAAAGAUUUUUAUUUUCCAUAAUUGCCAGAAUCCAUUUUAGAUCAGAAAUCUUCUCAUCUCUUUGGGAGUGUUUCAGUACCUUGUUUAUCACUGAGUAACUACAUCCAUACAAAACUGGUGAAGGGUUCUAUGGUGUGUUUUCAGCUUGGUGUGUGAAACUGUAUUAAUGUUAAUAAUAGAAGAAGAGGGAGAUCCAGGUUCCCUGCCUUUCCCCUGCCACCUCCGGUAGUGGACUCACACUUUCUUUCCUUUUUCUUUCCCAGUGAGGUACAAGAAGAAUUCAGGUGAUGGUGUUUGGUGUGCCUAAACAGAGUGAACCUGAGCUAAGUCCUGUAGCUGUGUUGCCUUCAGAGUACUAACUCUCACAAGAAAUUGCCAGGGCAAUUAUCCAUGCAUCUGUGCCUGUAACUCAGAGCAGUGAGACGCAGAGGCAUUCACCUUCUCUCUGAUGUGCAGGCAUUCUGUUUAAAUCCGUGGGAUUAUUUUGGGAAGAAGUCUAACAUUCUACAACUGUCACACAGUGGUCUUCCGUGUGUUGCUUCUGUGUUAAUUACCCAUACCUUUCUUCUGUCUGAGCAGAUCCACAUUAAAAGUGCUGUUCAAAGGGAAA